AUGGACUUGGUAAUAUGUGUCAACCUGGUGGUACUGGUUUUGAAGAAUGCAGUGACCUAUGAUGAUGUGCACAUUGACUUCACUCGGGAUGAGUGGGCCUUGCUCAAUCCUUCUCAGAAGAGUCUCUACAAAGAUGUGAUGCUGGAGACAUACAGGAACCUCACAGCCAUAGGCUAUAGUUGGGAAGAUCAUAAUUUCAGAGAACAUUGUCCAAGUGCUAGAAGACAUGGAAGGUAUGAAAGAAGCCAUACUGGAGAGAAACCCUCUGAAUAUGCACAAUGUGUUAAAUCCUUUGCAUGUUACAGUUUUCUUCACAGGCAUGAAAAAAUUCAUUCUUCAGAGAACCCAUAUGAUUGUAUUCAACAUGAUGAAGCCUUUGCAUGCUGCAGUUGUCCUCAAAUAUUUAAAAGAGCACAUGCUGGAGAGAAACACUAUGAGUGUAAUCAAUGCAGUAAUGUUCUUGCCAGUCAUGGUCAGCUUCAAAAACAUAAAAAUCCACAUUCUGGGGAGAAAUCCUACACAUGUAAUCAAUGUGAUAAAGCCUUUUCACAGAACUAUGCUCUCCAACUACACCAAAGAACACAUACUGGAGAAAAACCUUAUCAGUGUAAUCAAUGUAGUAAAGCAUUUGCAUGUCAUGACCUACUUCACAGACAUGAAAGAACACAUAGUGGAGAGAAGCCCUUUGAAUGUAAUCAAUGUGAUAGAGCUUUUUCACGGCGCUCUGGACUCCAAAGACAUGAAAGAACACAUACUGGAGAGAAACCCUAUGAAUGUACUGAAUGUGGUAAAUUCUUUGCAUAUAAUCAUUAUCUUCAAGUACAUAAAAGAACACAUACUGGAGAGAAGCCCUUUGAAUGUAAUCAAUGUGAUAAAGCCUUUUCACAGAACAGUGCUCUCCACAUACAUCAAAGGACACAUACUGGAGAGAAACCUUAUCAGUGUAAUCAAUGUGAUAAAGCUUUUGAGAGUCACGGCCAGCUUAACAGACAUAAAAAAACACAUACUGGAGAAAAGCCAUUUGAAUGUAAUGAAUGUUAUAAAACUUUUUCACAUCGCUCUAAGCUCCAAAUACACAAAAGAAUACAUACUGGAGAAAGACCCUAUGAAUGUAAUCAAUGUGGAAAAUCCUUUUCCUAUGUCACUGUUCUCCAGCUUCACAAAAGAACACACACUGGAGAGAAACCUUAUCAGUGUAAUCAAUGUGAUAAAGCCUUUUCACAACUUAGUAGUCUCAAAAAACACAAACGAACACAUACUGGAGAGAAACCGUAUGAAUGUAAUGAAUGUGAGAAAGCCUUUUCACAGGAUAGUAGUCUCAAAAAACACAAAAUAACACAUACUGGAGAGAAACCAUAUGAAUGUAAUGAAUGUGAUAAAGCCUUUUCACAGAACAGUGCUCUCCACAUACAUCAAAGGACACAUACUGGAGAGAAACCUUAUCAAUGUAAUCAAUGUGAUAAAGCUUUUGAGAGUCACGGCCAGCUUAACAGACAUAAAAAAACACAUACUGGAGAAAAGCCAUUUGAAUGUAAUGAAUGUUAUAAAACUUUUUCACAUCGCUCUAUGCUCCAAAUACACAAAAGAAUACAUACUGGAGAAAGACCCUAUGAAUGUAAUCAAUGUGGAAAAUCCUUUUCCUAUGUCACUGUUCUCCAGCUUCACAAAAGAACACACACUGGAGAGAAACCUUAUCAGUGUAAUCAAUGUGAUAAAGCCUUUUCACAACUUAGUAGUCUCAAAAAACACAAACGAACACAUACUGGAGAGAAACCGUAUGAAUGUAAUGAAUGUGAGAAAGCCUUUUCACAGGAUAGUAGUCUCAAAAAACACAAAAUAACACAUACUGGAGAGAAACCAUAUGAAUGUAAUGAAUGUUGUAAAGACUUUUCACAACUUAGUAGUCACCAAAAUCAUUAA